AUGAACGACUUUGAACGCGUCGGCCGUAACCUCGUCCGCACAUUCUACGACCCUCCACCGACCAACGAUUCCAACGAACCGAUAUGGCUGCUCGGCCAACGGUACGACCCACAACCGCCCCCACCGCAGCCUUCUCCACAUGAUACUCCCAUCAGCCAUAGCCCUACGCUUCCUGCUGAGCGGACGGAGGACGAGAGUUGGAUCCGUACCAGUAUAGACGAGCAAGAGCGCAAGGAGUCACCAAAUGGCCAGGAUCCCGCGCAGUACGGCAAUUGGCCUUCUGCCUUUCUCGACGACUUCGAGUCACGAAUAUGGAUGACGUACCGCUCAGGCUUCCCUGUCAUCCAGAAGAGCCAGGACCCCAAGGCGACAAGUGCCAUGAGCUUCAGAGUACGCAUGCAGAAUCUUGCGUCCCCGGGAUUCACGUCGGACACGGGCUUUGGCUGCAUGAUCAGAAGCGGACAGUGCAUACUCGCGAAUGCGCUCCAGACACUACGACUGGGCAGGGACUGGAGAUAUCAAGACGAUCCUACAGCACAGGAGCACUGCAAUAUACUUUCCCUAUUUGCAGAUGACCCACAGGCACCCUUCUCAAUACAUCGCUUCGUCGAACACGGCGCUGCUGUAUGCGGCAAGUACCCUGGAGAAUGGUUCGGUCCUUCGGCUGCUGCCCGCUGCAUCCAGGAUCUUGUCCACAAGUACAAGGAGGCUGGCUUGCGAGUCUAUGUGUCUGGCGACGGGGCAGACGUCUACGAGGACAAAUUGAAGCAGGUGGCGGUGGAAGAGGAUGGAGAGUGGAUACCAACCUUGAUUCUAGUGGGCACGCGACUGGGUAUUGACAAAAUCACGCCCGUUUACUGGGAGGCACUGAAAGCGAGUCUACAAAUGAAGCAGAGCAUGGGUAUCGCCGGCGGCCGACCGUCAGCCUCGCACUACUUCGUUGCAACCCAAGCGAACCACUUCUUCUACCUCGACCCUCACAGUACCCGACCCCACCUACCCUACCGCCCUCCAACCUCUUCCGACGAGACCACCACACAGCUAGCCUCGUCCAUCACAUCCACCUCCUCAUCGACAACCAUCGUCCCGUCCGCCUCCUCCCUUCCCCCUAGAUCUCCACCCGAGCCAUCGACGUACACCCUGGACGACAUUUCAAGCUGCCAUACGCGCCGCAUCCGACGCUUGCAAAUCCGCGAAAUGGAUCCAAGCAUGCUCCUCGCCUUUCUUGUAACGUCGCAAGAAGAUUACGAGAAGUGGAAGGAUGGCAUCAGAAGCGUGCAGGGCAAGUCUGUGGUCCAUGUGCAGGAUUGUGAGCCACCGCCUAGGGGACAGGAGAGGGAGGGCGCAAUUGACGAGGUCGAGAGUUGGGAUGAGGACGGGGAGGUGUAG